AUGGUAUUUAGCAUUGCAAAUUCUUCAGAAAAUAAAAGAAAAACUCCAAAAUGCCACCAAUGUCCUUAUUGUGCUUAUUCAUCAGCUGUAUUAUCUCAUGUGAAACAGCAUAUUACAACGCAUACUGGAGAACGCCCAUUUGUAUGUAAUUUUUGUGGUAAAGAUUUCAAUCAUAAAGCCAACCUGAAAACUCAUUUAAAGGUUCAUACAGGAGAACGUCCUUUUAGCUGUUCAUUUUGUGGUAAAGAUUUCAAUCAUAAAAACAACCUGAGAAAUCAUUUAAUGGUGCAUACUGGAGAGCGUCCUUUUAGCUGUUCAUUUUGUGGUAAAAAAUUUGUCCAGAAGGGUAACUUAAAGGUUCAUCUCUUAAGACAUGUUGGUGAAAAGUUAAAAGAGAGCAUAUUCAGAGAUUCUGUAUUUAAAAGAAAGUCUGGGAGGUUUCACCAGUGUCCUUUUUGUGAUUAUUCAUCAUUAAUAGUAGCUCGUGUAAAAGAUCAUAUUUUAAUUCACACUGGUGAACGCCCAUACAAAUGCAAUAUUUGUGGCAAAGAUUUCAAUCAGAGGACCAAUCUACGAACUCACUUACUAAUACAUACAGGAGAACAACCAUUUAAGUGUUUCUUUUGUGGUAGGCAGUUUACACAGAAAGGCAAUUUAAAGAUUCAUCUCUUAAGACAUGGUAGUGAGUCGCAAAAGAAAUGAUGUUAUGCCAAUUUCAUGAAUAAUAAUCU